AGUAACAAUAGCAAAUUACAAAAAUUGCUAUUCAUUAGUUGUGUUCAGAAUUGACUGCUAAACAGUGAGCAAUUAAGAUAUCGCAGAAAAUCUAAUAUCAUGUACUGAUUUAGCAGUCAUUCAGAUUGUUGGUAAGUCUACGAAUUCUUUGAAAUGUACAAAAUAUUUCCAAAUAAAUUAAGCGAAAGAUGGAAACAUCUUUUUGUUGGUCUUUGCUGGGUGAUUUCAGUGAAAAGUCAAACCGUUGCUCGGCAAAAGUGUGAAGAAUACAGCCGUGCUGUAUAUGAAGAAGACGGAGAUAAAAUAUUUUCCUUAAGAAGUCUGAUAAAAAACCAUCCAAUAUCAACGUGCGCUUUGUAUGAAAAUCCUUUAAUUGUCGGAGGCACUCCAGCUAGAAGUAGAGAGUUUCCCCAUAUGGCAGUAAUUGGGUUUGCCCCCACUGAAGAUUCAGAAAUGGAUUGGUUAUGUGGAGGAUCCUUAAUAAGCGAUCAACACGUAUUAACUGCAGCGCAUUGCAGCAUAUCUCACAGUGGUCCUCCUCAAAAAGUUCGACUGGGGAGUGUAAGCCUUCAUAAUAAUGAUGAUUUUGUCCAAGAUUUUAUAAUAGACUACUUCGUUAACCAUCCAGAAUAUAAACGCCCUAUGAAGUACCAUGAUAUUGCCAUAAUGUUUCUGAAGAAGUUUGUAACUUUCACCGCAUUUGUAAGACCUGCUUGUUUAAAUACCGUGGAAAAGCUUCCGUUUACUGAAGCACGAGCCACCGGAUUUGGCUUAACCACUCAUGGUAUGAGUGGAAUUUUUUGUGUAUUUCCUGAAGUUAUUGUGUUGGAUGAUCCGUAUUGUAUGUACAGCAUUAUAGGGGUAACUUCCUUUGGACGGUUUUGUGGCAUGUCUUAUUCUCCAGGAAUCUACACGAAAGUCGAUCGUUAUGUUGAAUGGAUCGAGUCGACGAUUUGGACCACAAAUCAUACAAAAAAUGAGUUAGAAAACGUCUAA